AUGGGUCACAAAGCAAAGAACAAGCAAGGAGCUCCCGAGCCCCUCGAAAAGCCUAAAUUUGAAGGUCUCUCAAAGAGAGCAAAGGCCAGACUCAACAAGACCAAGGCUGCUGCUGCUGAAAAGAAGGGUAACAACAAACGUCAACACACUGAAGAGCCCAAAAAGGCCAACAAGAAGGCCAAGAAAGCUGUUGUUCAAGAGGAACCUGAGGAAGACCUUUGGGACAACCUUGAAGUUGCUUCUGAUGAUGAGAACAGUGAUGAUUUGGAUGAUGAGUUCGAUGUUAAUGAUCUCGAUGAGCAAGUUGUAGAUGAUGAGGAUGUCGAGGAAGAAGAGGAAGAAGAGACACAAGAGGUGUUCCCUCAAGCUGAAGGUGGCUUCCUCGGCUCUGAUUCUGAAGAGGAACAAGAAGAGGUCGAUGAAAUGGAUCUUGAUCAAGCAGGAGACGACUCAGAGGACGAGGAUGAAUAUGACAGCGAUGAGAUUGCAGAGGGUGAAGGUCUUGAUGAACGUAAAUCUCGCAAGAUCGAAGCUCGUGCCGCUCGCGAAGCUGCUGAAGCCGAAGCCGAAUUAUUGGAACAAGCAAAUCAAGAUAGUGAAUUGGAGGAAGACGAACGAUACACUUUGCCCGAGGGUGAUGAGGAUGAAUUGGUUGCUGAUGUUACUGUCGUCAGUCAGCGUAUCAAGGAAAUUGUCAAUGUACUCAACGAUUUCAGAAAGCUUCGUAAUCCCAACAGUGAUCGUCAAGAUUAUGUCGACCGUUUAAUCAAGGACAUCUCCAGCUACUAUGGUUACUCUGAAUUUUUGGCCGAAAAGCUCUUCAACUUGUUCCCUGUCUCUGAAGCCAUUGAAUUCUUUGAAGCUAACGAAGUACCUCGUCCUGUCACUAUCCGUACAAACACAUUAAAGACUCGUCGUCGUGAUCUCGCCCAAGCUUUGAUCAACCGUGGUGUGAAUCUCGAACCCAUUGGUAAAUGGAGUAAGGUCGGCCUCCAAGUAUUCGACAGUAGUGUCCCCAUUGGUGCUACACCCGAAUACCUUGCUGGCCAUUACAUGCUCCAAGCCGCCUCUUCUUUCUUGCCUGUCAUGGCAUUGGCUCCUCAACCCAAUGAACGUGUGCUCGAUAUGGCCUCAGCCCCUGGUGGUAAGACUACUUAUAUUGCUGCUUUGCAAAAGAACACAGGUAUGGUGUUUGCCAAUGAUGCCACCAAGGACCGUCUCAAGUCUUUGAUUGCCAAUAUUCAUCGUAUGGGUGUCAAGAAUGCCGUUGUCUGUAACUACGAUGGUCGUGAAUUCCCCAAGGUGGUUGGCGGUUUUGAUAGAGUGUUACUUGAUGCACCUUGUUCAGGUACCGGUGUCAUUUCCAAAGAUGCCAGUGUCAAGUUGAACAAGACUGAAAAAGAUUUCAUUGAUAUCCCCUUCCUUCAGAAGCAACUCAUCUUGUCUGCCAUUGAUUCAGUUGAUGCUAAAUCAAAGACAGGUGGUUAUAUUGUAUACUCUACAUGUUCAGUUACAGUCGAGGAGAACGAGGCUGUUGUGAAUUAUGCUUUAUCAAAGCGUCCCAAUGUCAAGUUGGUCCCUACUACACUGGAUUUCGGUCGUGAAGGCUUUGUCUCCUACCGGGGAAAAACAUUCCAUCCUAGCGUCAAACUCACCCGUCGCUUCUACCCUCAUGUUCACAACAUGGAUGGUUUCUACGUCGCCAAGUUCAAAAAGUUGGAUAACAAAUACGACAACCACAAGGACGAGGAAUUGACAAACACCAGCAACAAGGAUGAUGAACAAACCACCAAUACUGAAGUGAAUCUUGCUUUCAACGAUGAGGAGGAUGCUAAAUACAUUGAAGAAUCCAAAUUGACUCAAAGAAAGAGAAAGGGCCUCAAAAAAUAA